UUGUGUAUAUAUAAAUAAAAAUCCAUUUCCAUUCACCAAAAUCUUAAACUCUUUUUAUUUUUAUUUUUUCUUUCUUUUGUUUAUUUUUUUUUCUUUUCUCUCCCUCUCUCUAUGAGGAUCCGAAAGAACGCGAAGCUUUCCCCUCUUCUAUUCUCUUCUUCUUCUUCGUCGCAAGGUGGUUCUUUUCCGGUGGAGACCUUUCAGACCCACGUGUGCCAGCUUAACCAGUCACCAUGGGAUGUGAUCCCCUUUGACUCUGACUCAAUCCAGUUCGAAGCCGAGGAUAGCUUCACCGCUGGAAAUAAUGGCAGCGCUGGCGAUUCCAUUGGAGCUGUUGAGAGUGUUGCUUCGAUGAUGGAAGAAGCUGAAGAUAAGCACAAGAUAGAAGACAUGGCGUUGGACGAUAAUCACGAUAAUGGUGGAAACAAAUGCAAGAGCUUGAAUGAGAAGGGUUCUCCAUGUAAGAAUGAAGUUAAACAAGGUCAAUCAUUCUGUUAUCACCAUUUGUCUCUGCUUAGGUCAUACAACAAUAAUGGGAAUGACAAUAGUGGUAGCGGUAGCGGUGGUGGUGGUUAUAACAAGAAACCGGCAUCAUCGACCACCGGCGGGGCGCGGCGGGGCGCUAGAGCUCGUGGCGCGGCGAAGAAGGCUCCUUCUUCUUCGAACCCAUAUGAAUUCUACUAUUAUUCUGGGUUUGGACCACUGUGGGGGAAACGAAGAGGCGAUAGGAAUGGAGAAGGUAGCAAGAAUAGUGUUAUUGUUGAGAAUUCUUCUUCAACAAUGGUGGAAUCAGAGAAUGUUAUAGCUUCUCCUCCUGAUGAUGUUGUUGCUAAUAAUACUAAUAACAAUAGUAUAAAUAAUAAUAGUAAUAUUCAGAGUAGUGGUGGUGGUGUUGUUGUUACUUGUUCUUCUACUCAGGUGGUAGUGAAUGAGGAAUUUGAUUAUGUGGAUGAUGACGAAGAAGAGGAUGCUAAUGAAGAUGAGAGUGGAAAGAAGAGAAUGAGGAAGCCUGUGAAAGCAAGGUCUUUGAAAUCGCUAAUGUGAAGAAUCUUGUAUGUAAAAUCGUGGGUAGGGGUUGAAUGAAUGAAUGAUAUAGUAUAAGAUCGAGGGUUGGGGUUCUUCAAUGUAAUGUUUUGUGAUUACCUAAAUUUGAUGUUGUUGUUGUUUUUGUAUUUUUAUUUUUAUUUUUUAAUUUUGGUGUUAGGGUGGGUUCUCUCCUUCUUCUACUGUUUGGGAUAUUUAGGGUUAUGAAAUAAUAAUGCUAGUUUUUUUUUAUUUUAUUUUUUCUUUUGUUGGGUUUCACAUGAUGAUGAUGUGUUAGUUCGUGGGUGAGGUUAGGCUUGCCCCUGGAAACAACAUGAUGGAUGGUAGGGGUUUUUUU